AUGGUAAAGUUUUUGAUAAAAAUACUUCAGGUAAGCCUUUUGCUUUUGGUUUGGGCAAAGGCGAAUGUAUCAAAGGAUUUGACUUGGGUGUUGCAGGCAUGGCUGUAG